AUGGCUCGAUUAGCCCAGACUAAAUGCUGUAUUAUUUGCGGCCAUGAAGUCUUUCGGCCUAGACCGAUGGGCCAGGACAUUCCGGCCCUGACUUGGAGGCAAAGAUACCGCAUUGUUUACCAAGAUCUUCAGCAUUCCACGAGAUUAAGCGGUUUAGCCUCUCACCGUGAUUCCCGGGGACAUUCCUGGUAUGCACCAUGGGAUUACGACGAUACCCGCGAAUAUUCAGGCAUCGCCAACCUGCCGGAGCGUGAAUCAAUCCGCGUGAUGGAUUGUCAUUCUUCCUCAGAGAACCAUCUGCGAUACGGAUUUCCUGCGCACGCGAACUGCUGGAUCCUGCUCCAAAAAGUUUAUUCUCCAACCCCCGUUCCCUACGACAUGCUCUUCAACGUCUGCAAGUCGCUGGAGGGACCAGAGCCUGAUAGAAUUCUCGACUGGGGUCACGAUUAUGGGGGCGCGUUACUGGUCACUUACGGUGAUAGAGUUGAAGGUCGUAAUGUGGAUGACAUACGUGAUACUCCUGGAUUUUUCCACCAUGAUCCCUUUUCUUCCGACGAAAUUGAAGGUCUUCUUCGUCGGAGUUCCGAGACACCGCCUUCAGGUGCUGAGGUCUCUCUAGAAACUAGCGUUUUGAAGGAUUCCUUGGCUUCAUUGCCGUCAGAUGUGCGCUUUUUAAUUGCAAAUCUGCUUCCAACAGACGAUCUCCAUGCCUUGCGGCUCGCGUCUAGGGCAUUCUACUUCAUAUUUCACGAACAGUCUUAUUGGGCGCUGAGAUUCGUCCCUGGAGGAGAAAGAGAUUGGUUGUUUGAGGCCACAGGAAUUGCGAAGGUUCAGAAAGUUGACUGGAGAGCACUCUACAAAACCACGAGCCACUUCGAGUGGCUUCCACCAAGUCUUCGCAAUAGAUCGAGGAUUUGGAACUUCGCGAAGCUUAUCAAGGAUGCGACACCAUCUUCCCCGAUCACAUCUGUUACAAGACCCUCCAUAUUUGGCCUUGAUUGUGAGUUUGAUGUCUGGGCAGAAGUGACUUCCAGUCAACUUGAUACAACACGAUCAAGUGAGGAUAGACCCAAAGUAGAGCUCCCUAGGCAAAAGUUCCAGCUCCCUGGUCCACUGGAAGAGAUCAAAGCAUACUUCAUCCGGCUUGGUUCAGCUGAAUUCAUCUCCGGUAUCACCUUUUUCAUGACUUCUAACAGGAGUAGGCACAUAGGGUACAAAUCAGGAUCAGUGCGUAGGCUAAAGCUGCGCGAGGAUCCGAUUGGCUUCAAUCUUCAGCUCGAAUAUUUGGGCAUUCUUUCCAUUCAGGCAGUGUACUCCAAUGGAGAUAUAUCGGAAUGGCUCGGAGAUGGGCUUUGCAUGCCAACAACGAGGAGGCUUGUACUCCAUGACAAAAUUACUGCAGUUGAAGGCGUGUUUGAUGUCUGUACAAGCCUUCUAACCUCUGUCGAGCAAAGCUUACCAAUGACUUUCUUAGGGCUGCAAACUGAUAAAACUGUCGUUUUCAAGACAUCCACCAAAGACAAUGGAAGAAGAAGACGCAAUGAGCAAGAGAAGAUCAUCUGUUUUUCACUCCGGAAUUUGGUACCCAGAAAUGCCAGGCAUCACAGCAAAUUUAAACGAGAAGUAUGCAGUGCUUCCCUAUGA